ACCUUAACACCCAACGAGUGUUAAUGUUUGUCCAAUUGCUUCCGACGAAAAGUAAAGUUUGCUAGAUAUAGUUAAAUUAAUUUUUAAAUAUUAUAUUUACAAAAAAAAGGAAUAAUUAUUGCGUGUAAUAAAAAGGCAAGUCUGUGUAAGUAUCGUGUAUAUGUAUUGUGCAUUAGUUUCUAAUAGAAGAAAAGUGCGUGUGGUGCGAAAAAAGAUUGAAAAUAUGUGCAGAUAUAGUGACGUAUUUCCAUCUUGACAUCUCAUUGAAUUAAAAUAAAAGUUCAUAAUGUGGGGAGAAUUUGAAGAACCACCAGGGACCAUGGAAGAAGGCCCACCUGAAACACUUUUGGAAGCAAAGAAGACCUGCAAGCAAAAUAAAAAUCAGUUGGAAUCUUUUAAAGAAAUUAUGUUAAAAAACAAACAAAGUUUGAAAAAGAAAGAAGAAGAAGCGCAGGAAUAUGCUAGUAGGCUAUCAAAAAUUAAAUCUAGGACUAAGUUGUCCAAACGCAGUAAAGAUGGUGCUUCAACAUCCAAAGAUGUAGAACAGCCAUCUGAAAUUGAUACAAGUAUACAGGAUAUUAGUCAAGCGACAACACGUAAAGCUAAAUCUUCUUUGCUUCAAAGAAUGUUGGUAGAGAAUAGGAAAGUAUUUGAACAGCGUAAUAAAGAAUUGACAGAGACUAAGCGAGCUGUAGAAGAAAAAGUGGAAGCUAUUAGGCAACAAUUAAAUGAAAAAGAUUUAGCAAUGAUGGAAUUGCAGAAAGAUCAAACUGUAACACCUAUAUUAGUUACUUCUGAAAUACCAGUGCCCGAGUCUACUUAUAUUCAAGAGAAGGAUAACAAAAUAAUAGAACUUAACAAUAAAGUUUCGGAGUUACAAGCAAUUAUUAUGGAUCUUCAAGAAAAUUUAAAAGAAAAGGAUUCGGUUAUUGAUUCAAAGACUAAAGCUAUAACGCUCAUGUCAGCUGAUCUUUCUAAAAAGGGUAAAACAACAUUAGAUACGCUUGAAGAUACGAAAGAUGAAAUGCGAACUAUGCAAGAACAUUUCGUUUUAUUAGAAUCGUCAUUAAAGCAAAAAAAUGAUAAUCUUCUUCAGCAACUUCAUGAAAGGGAUGAUAAAAUAUCAGAAUUAGAUGAUACUAUUAAAAGAUACGAAAAUGAACUGGCUGAACAAAAAUUAUCUGAGAUAGCAAACUCUGAUUUGUCACGUUCGACUUUGGAUACUUUGGCUGAUACGAAAAGUGCUAUGACAUCUAUGCAAGAAAAUUUUAUUCUCAUUGAGUCUUCCUUAAAAAUGAAAAAUGAUAAUUUACUUCAACAAUUGCAAGAUUAUGAAAUGAAAUUAGGAGAAGCUAAUGAAAAAAUAUUCCAAUUAGAAUCUGGAAGAGGUAUAGUAAAAACACCUUCAAUAGAAGAUUUACAAUAUAAUCUAAAUAAAUUGAAAGAAAAUAAUCGUCAAUUACAAGAUGAGAAAUAUGAACUUCAAAAGAGUAUCGCUGAUAUGCAAAAUCAAAUGAUUGUUUCAACAUCUAUGCAUGGAAAUGGUGCUAUUAUGGAAAAAGAUAACAGGAUAGCAGAACUUGAAAAAUUAGUAGAAGAACUUAAAAAGUCCAAUGAUUUGCUCGAAGAGAAAUCUAAGAUUGAAUUACAAAAGCAGCUUGCAGAAUUAUCUGUGAAGAAUGAAGAUUAUUCGAAUAGAAUUAUGGAACUUGAAAAAUUAGUGCAAAAUCUUGAAAUGGAAAAGAAUGAAAUUGCAUCUCAAUUGCCAUCUGAACUUUCAAUUCAAAAGGAAAAUGAAAAAACUCAAAAACUAAUUAAAGAAUUAGAUGAUUUAAAUAAAAAUAUGAUUAAAAUAAAAGCUCAGCACAAAAGUAAAAUAAAGGGUUUACAAAAGCAAUUGGAAAACUUCAAAAUGGUGUCCGAUACAAAUGCGGAGCUUGUUAGGCUGGGAAAUCAAGUUGCUUUAUUGGAGGAGGAGAAAGGUAACCUUCAGCUGAGUCUGGUAGACUUUGACGAGCUUAAAGCAUCAGCAGGAGAUUGGCAAGAACGCAUAUCAGAGCUCGAAAGCAGAUUAUCCAUGCAAACUGAUGAAAUACAAAAAAAUAUUGAUGCCAUAGCUAUUUUGGAAAAUCAGAAAUUAGAUCUUAUUCAAGAGCUACAUUUAUUAAAACAAAAAGUUUCUGAAUUAGAAGCAGAAGUUGCAGAUGCUGAAAAUCAUAGAGUAACUGCAGAAAUUAAAGUAGUCGAUUUAGAGGAACAAUUGGAGUCAGUGCACAAAAUAACAGAAAAUAAAUUAGAAAUAUCACCUAAUGUAAAUGAACUUCUUCAAAAGAUAGAAACCUUACAACAGGAGAAUAUUGAACUAUCAAGUAAAUUAAAUAAAUUGGAAGAAAAAAGUACUUCCGAUGCAGGAUCAACCGAAUCGUUUGAAACAAUACAUGAAGUUGAUAAAAAUGAAUUAUUGAAAAAGAUAGAUGAUCUUACACAAAGGAAUGAUGAAUUAACGUUAAAAUUAACGAAAUUGGAAGAAAGAAGUAGUUCACAUGCUGGUUCUACAGAAUCGUUUGAGGCCAUAAAUGAUGUAGAUAAGAAUGAAUUGUUAAAAAAGAUUGAUCAGUUAACUCAGGAAAAUAAUGAACUUAUAGUAAAAAUAAGUAGGAAUGAUGAGAAAGGAUCUUCUGAUACAGGUUCUACCGAAUCGUUUGAACGUAUUCCAGAACAUAAUGAGAGUACAGUUAAGAUUGAGCUUCUUACUCAAGAGAACAAUGAUCUCGUUAUUAAAAUGACUAAACUCGAAGAAAAAUUACUUCAUCUUAAAAAUAAUUAUUCUGAAAUAGUUGAAUCCAAUGAUAUCUUACAAAUUCGUAAAAAUGAGCUUGAUUUACAAAAUGAGUCUUUAUUAUACGCAAAUAAUAAUCUGUCUACUGAAUUGACCAAGUUAAAAUCACAGAUAUCAGAUAUGGAAGAAGAAAAUAUUAAUUUACAAAAAAGAAUUGAAGUACUUACCGCAGAAAAUAAUGAUUUAGUUAUAAAAUGUACAAAGUUAGAUGAACAUCUAAAUGUAAUUCAGGAGAAACAAUCCAAUAGUACAGAAAGAACAGUGCGUUCUAUUGAUAAUGAAGAUCAAUUGAAUGCUUUACUUUUGGAGAAAAAUAAUAUUGAAAAGGAAUUAAACGUUGUAGUAGAGAAAUUAAUUGAACGUACUAAUGCUGCAUCGUUCUUUGAAAUAGAAAUUAAUGAUACCAAAUUAAAAAUGAAUAAAUUGUUAGAAGAAAAAGAUGAAAUUGUUAUGAAAGUGCAACAACUUGAGGAGAUAAAUCAACAAUUAAUGGAUGAUUUAAACAAAACUAUUCAAGAAAAAGAAGAAUUAUCCAAUAAGAUUGAAUUUAUCAAUCAAAAAGAAAAUAUAACAGAGGAGGGACAAGAAAGUAGUGCAGUAUUACAGGAGUUCAUAGAAGAACCUGAUAACAGUCAACAGACAAAUGUAUCUGCAAUAUUGCAAAAUGAAUCUGCUAUCAUAGCAUCUUUAGAAAAAGAAAUAAAACAUUAUAAAGAAUUAAUAAAAGAACAGACAAAUGUUAUAGAAGAAAUGAAGUUGAAGUUAUCGAGUAAGGAAGAAGAAUUAGAAGAAAAAACUAAACAAAUACUUAAUUAUGAAGUAUCUGAGAAAGAAAGGGAAACUUUAGAAAACGCGUUAAAGGAGAUGUCAGAAGCAAUGGAAGAAUGGAAAUUUAAAUAUGAAAAUUUGGAAGAGAAAAUGAAUUCAUUGGAAGUAAAUAAGGUAUCUAUUGAGAAUGGCUUUAGUAUGUUGCAAGAAGAAAAUAAACGGUUAAUUGGAGAUAUAGAACAAGAAAAAAUAGCAAACAAUAUAUUGAAAGAAGAAUUAGAAAGUAGAAUAGCAACGCUUGAAUCAAAUCUAGAAAAGGAAAGAAUAAUUGUCUCUAAGAAAGAGGAUGAAAUAAGUAAUUUGAAAGAAAACUUAGAAAGUAAAAAUCAAGAUUUGCAUAAUAAAUAUUUACAAAUACAAAAUGAAAUGAUUACCAUAGAUAAUUUGCAAGACGAAAUUUAUAAUUAUAAAAGUGAUAUUCAACAAAAAGAUCUUCAAAUCGCUUCAAUAUCGCAGGAAUUAGAAAAAGUUAACGAUGUUUUGAGAUCGACGGAGGAUAAAGCUUAUUCUUUAGAAAAGAAACAUUCGGAAUUACAAGAAAAAUUAAGCGAAUCGAUACCUCGUACAGAAUAUAAUGAAUUAUUAGAGAAAUUACGUCAAAACGAGAUACUUGUUAAUAAUAUGGAAAGUAAAAUUGAUGAAUAUAUGAAAGAAAAAAAUGAAUUAUUAGUCCAAUUGGAAAGCAUGUCUCAACAGAAUCAAGAAGUGCAAUAUCAAUUGACACAAAAACAUGAAGAACUUCAAAAUGUUUUGAUGAUUAAAGAAGAAUUAGAUGCACAAAUUAUAGAAACAGAAAGAAAUAAAGCUGAUGCAGAGAACAAAUUAAUGAAUAUUGAAAGUUCUUUGGAAAACAAUGUUAAAUUUAUCGAUGAAUUACAGUCUGAACUAAAGGGUGCCUAUAUAAUGAUGGAACAGUUAAAAGUUAAACAUCUAGAGGAUAUAGAAAUGCAUAAUCGAAGAUUCGAAGAUACCAUAGAAGAAUUAAAUACCAAAAUUCAAGAAUGCGAAAGUUUGAAAGCUGAAUUGUUAGAAAAAGAGAAGCUUAUUAGUCAAAAUCUUUCAGAAGAAACUAAAAUUACUUUAGAAACAAAAGUUGUUGAUCUAGAACAGAAACUUGUUGAUUCUGAAAAUAAAAAACAAGCACAAUUAGAAAAAAUGAAGAAAAUUGUAGCGACGUUGAAAAGAAAAACUGCCAUGUGUCAAGAAUUUGAAGCAAGGAUUGCAGAAUUAGAAGAGAAGUGGACAAGUGAGAAGGACGAAAAAGAAGCGAAAAAUAAGAAAAAUCAAGAAGUUGAGAGUUCUAUGAGAGAGAAGGACAAUAAAAUAGCUGAUUUGGAGGAGAAGUUGAAUAAAGCUAAAAGUGAGACAGCUAAUUCUCUUGAACAUGUCGAAAGACUUACAAAUGAAAGUGUUGUUCUGAAAGAUAAAAUGUCUUUACUUAUCAAUCAAAUUAGUGAAUUGGAAGAUGAAUUGAAUAAGCGUAUAGCACAACAUUCCACUGAUAUAGAAGCUGAAAAAUUAGCCAAACAAAGUGUUGUCAAAGAAUAUGAAUCUUUCAAAAAAGAAAUUCUUCAGAAAUAUGAUCAACAGGAAUUAAUUCUUGAAGAAACUAAAGACAAUGCAAGAGAGCUUAAUGUACGCAUGCAAGUUAUGGAAACGGAAUAUGUAGAACACCUUGGAUUGAUAAAACAUCUUCAAGCUGAAAAUUGUUUAUUAUCGUCGAAACAAAUACAGAUUAAUGAAAAAUUGGAAAAUGUAGAAAAAGAGUCAGAAAAUCGACGAUUGCUUAUUGAAGAAUUAGAAAAGAAAAUGGCUGUGUCGACUGUAGAUCAGAUAAUUCAAACUUCAGAAGAUGAAUUAAGACACGAUACAAGAUCAAUAGUACAACAAUGCGAUCAUUGUGAACAAUGUCAAACCAUAGUACAAGCAUUAGAGGCUAAACUUCAGGAAAAAGAAGCUGAAAUUGAAAAUUUAGAUAAUGAAUUAGCCAAUUCUAUUGGUAAUUUUGUUCAAAUGCGUGAAUCUUUAAGAUUCAAUGAUAUGAUGAAUCAAUCCAGUAUAAGAAAUAGAACGAUGGAAGAUCCUUACAAUGAUCUUCUAUAUCAAUAUAAUACAUUAUUAGCCAAUAAUGAGGAAAUUAAAACUAAAUUGGAAAACAUGGUCAAGGAAAACAAGGAAAUUGUUGAGAAAAGUAAAACUCAUGAAGCUUUGAAUGUAAGUUUGCAAGAGAAAAUUCUUGCUAUGGAAGAAACUUUAAUGGAAGAUGAAAAAUACAAUGAUUUAUUGAAAAAGUAUAGUGAACGGGAAAGUGAAUUAAAAAAUUUACAAGAAAAAUUAGAAGCUAUGGAAAAUGAAAUGAAACGAUCCGUAGAAAUGUUACAAGAUGAGUUAAUUGUACUUAAGUCUGAAAAGGAAGAAAUCUUAACAAAGUAUAAAUUAUUAAGCGAUCAGAAAGAAGCUUUAGAACAAGAAUUGGAACAUCUUAAGAUGGAGAAUAACGAGCAUAAUCAAAGGUUAAUAGAAUUACAAUCAGAAUUAGAUAAACUUAAUCAGAAAAAUACGACAACGAUCGAAGAAACGGUUAAUGUUAACGUAACAAGAAGUAGCGAUUUGGAUAUCGUACAUGAGGAAAAAUAUACUUCACCUCAGCUCUUUGAUGCUUCGAAAAUUUUCGGACCUCAGUAUAAUAUAGAUGAACAAAAGGAAACAGCAAAAUUACAGGAUCUCGUUAAUAACAAAGAUAUAGAAUGUUUAGCUCUUAAAAAAGAAAUUGAUCAUUUGCAGAAACAAAUGAGCGAAGAUAAAGCACAAAUGUUGCUUAAUCGUAACGUAUAUGAAGAAGAAUUAAAAAUGUCUCAAGAACGUUGUCAAACAAUGCAAAUAGAAAUAAAUAAUUUGCAAAUGAUAAUAAAUGAUAAAGUUAAACAAAUUGAAUUGUUAAACGACGAAAUAAAUAACGUUCAUAAUCAACGAGAAAGCGUUGAUACGCAAAUUGAAGAAUUAAGGAAGACAAAAGACAAUGAAAUUCAAUCUUUGCAGGUGGAAUUAAAUACUACAAAAGAUAUUAUAACAUCGUUAUCUAUGCAAUGUGACGAACAAAAUAAUUUCAUAGAAAUGUAUAAGUUGCAAAUUAGUAAUUUAGAACAAGAAAUACGUAAUAUUACGAACAAUGAUUCAACAUCUAAUUUACAUCAACAAUUAAUGGAGAUUACGAAAGAAAAAGAUAUGUUGCAGUUGCAAAUAAAUGAUUUAACUCGAUCUUUGGGAGAAUUAAAACAACAAAAUAUUACACUACAGAGUAUUAAAGAAGAGGAGUUGACCAGAAGUGCUGUACAAAAUUUGGAAGUAACUCCAAAAGAUGAGAAUAAAUUGCAAAAAACAGUAAGUGGAAGCAGCGAGUUAACAGAAAUACAAACGACACCGUUUAUGGAACAAAGUACAAAUGUAAGUAUUGAUGAUGCAAAUGAUAAAUUCAAUACCGAUGAGGAUACUUGGGGUUGGAAUGCUGAUGAUGUACAAACAACAGAUGAUCAUCAUUCACCAAUUUCAAUAAUUCCUAGUGUAGAAAUACAAUUGCGUACAAAGAUUGAUGAAAUGGAAAAGAAAUUGUUACAUUUGGAAGAAGAAAAAGUGAAAUUGAUAGAAGAAAAUAAAACAUUACAAAUAAGGAGUGGUAAGAUGGUGAAAAAAUUGAAAGAGUACAAAGUUCAGAUAGAAAAUUUGCAACAACAAUUGAAGAGUCAAAAAUCUAUGACUGGUUUAUGUGAAUUAGAUUCGGCUAUCGAAGAAGAAUUAAAACUUCAGAUCACCGAAUUAGAGAAAAACUUAAAAGAAUCGCAUGUAGAACAUAAUCACCUGCUUGUUGAAAAGGAAAAUCUCUUAAAACGUAUUAAUGUGCUUGAAUUGGCUAAUGAAACAUAUAUAGAUAUGAAAGAAAAGCAAGAUAUGAAUAUGGAAGUUCUUAGAUUAGAAAACAAAGAUCUUACGAAUAAGAUAAAGUCCUUGGAAGCUAGAUUUUCUGAAGAAAAUAUAACACCUGAAAGUGAACUGGAAUCUUCAAUGUCAACUAAGCAAUUGCAAAAAAGAGCUGCUGAAGAUGUAACAUCAGACAUUAAGCAAUUAUGCGAUAAAUAUAAAGAAGAAUUGGAAACUGUAAAAGACGACAUGGAAGCCCUUGCCACAGAAAACGAACAGCUUCAAAAUUAUUUGGAAGAACAGAAAUCAAGAAUAUCAAUUCUUGAAGGAAAAUUAAUUGCUGGGGAAAAGGAUAGUCAAGAAUUGAGGGAAGUUCAAGAAAGAAAAAAUGAAUUGCAAGGUUUGUUGAAAAAGUUAGAAGAAGAAAAUGAAGCUUUGAAGAAACAAUUUGAAGAACGUCUUUCUGAUAUUUCCAAGGAAACUCUUCAAAUGGAAGAACGAAUAAAGGAACUUAAUCAACAAUUAGAACUAUCCACAAUAAGAGCAAAUGAGUUGCAGAAAAGAGAGGAAUAUAUUCUCGAAGAGAAAUCCCAAAUGGAGGAAAAGAUAAAUAAAGCUAAAAUAACAGAAGAAAAACUCUUUACUGUGUCGGAAUCGUUAACAGAAGUUACAGAACUUUUGAAUGCUCGAGUACAAGAAGUAGCUGAUCUAAAACAGGAACUUCAGAAACAAUACGUAGCUCGUCAGGAAGCCGAAGAAAAAUUACAAAAUAAUAUACAAGAUUUAACUUAUGAAUUGAGAGAAAGGAAACAAGAAUUAGAUGAUUUGCGAGGAGCCAUUAGCGUUAAAGAAAGUGAAUUAAUUCAACAGAAGAGCGUUGAGACAGUUAGUUUACUUGUGAGUGAAGCUACGCAGGAACUCGUGCAAAAGCAUGCGAUUGAUAUCGAAGAUAGAAACAAAGAAAUACGUGAACUUCGUGAUAAAUUAAACUCAUUACAAAUAACUAAAGAUGAAAUUACUUCUGAAUUAAUGAAGAGAUCUACUCAAGAGGAUACUGUAACAUCCUUGUCAGAAAAUCUUAAUGAAAAAGUUAUGCUCUUGGAAACUAUCAAGGCUGAAUUAUUACAGACAAAAGAAGAAUUCCAACAACGUCAAUUGCAAUGGGAAAGUGAAUCGCGACAGCAUUCGUUGGAUAUUGAAAAAUAUUUGUCGACGAUCGGUCAAUUGGAAGAUCGUUUGCGCGAAUCUGAAUAUUUAUCGAAAAAAUUGCAAGAAGAAUUGCAAAGAUACAAAGUGUUAUUAAAUGAUAAGGACGCGGAAAUAAAGGAGAAUCAAAUUCAAUUGCAACAUUUCGCUGAACUCAAAGAAGAUCUUCGUGAAAGUGCAAACGAGUUCAUUUAUUCAGCUUCAGAAUUUGAAACGAUGCGUAUAGAUUUGGAAAAGACUAAAGAAGCCUUGGAAGAAAAUGAAUCUUUGUUGAAAGAGGCAGAAGACAAACUUAAGGAGAAACAAAUGGAACUGGAUAAACUUUCUUCCAAUAAUUCUUUCCUUCAAAAUCAACAAAGUUCUACUACUGGCGAUGAUUUACCUUUAUUUAGAAUGGGAAACGAUAAUGAAGAGAUGCUUCGUAAUACGAUAGAAAAUCUGAAGAUCCAAUUAGAAGAGAAACAACAAGAAAUAGAACACUUGAAAUAUAUUAUUGAAGAGAACACUUAUCCUAGGAUAAUUCAAGAAAUGCAAGUUAAUAUUAAUCUUCUUUACAACGAAAAGGCACAAUUAGAAAAUGCAUUGCAAGCAGCUCAGCAAAGUUUAUUAGAUAAACAAAAUCAAAUUGAAAGUUUAAUUAAACAUUUAGAGACACAAGAGAAAGAGAACUCGACUUUGCUUACGAGAGAAAGAGAUCGAAGAUCAAUUCAAGAUCAAGAAGAGAUCGUGAAAUUGCAAAACGAGUUGCAUGCAAAGGAACAAGAAAUAAACGAAUUGAAAUAUGUCAUAGCUGAGAAGGAUUCCCAAUUGUCACAGAUCAAUUUGGAUCCUUCCUCGGAUGAUUAUGAAUUACGUGAGAAUUUGCAGAGUUUAACGACAGAAUUAUGUGCUAAAGAACAAGAAAUUCGGCAAUUGAAGACGAGUAUAGACGAAGCUCAAAAUGAGAUCUUACGUUUGAAGGAUCUCGAGAUGAUUUCGGAAGAAACCAGGAACAUAAUCGAAAGAUUGACCUCAGAGAAAGAAACGAUUCGAUUGGAAAGCGAAGAACUUUUGGAAAAGAAAUUAGCAGAAAAGGAAUCGGAAAUUGAUGCCAUUAAACAAAGAUUAUCAAUGGAGAACGAAGAAUUAAUGAAUAAUCUUAGAUCUAAGGAUAAGGAGGUAGAGAACCUUAAAAAACAAUUUGAUAUUUGGACGACGGAAUUAAAUGAGGCUUUACAUCGUAAGGAAGAAGAAUUGCAAAUAAUGGUAAAUGUAAAUCUUCAAGAGAAGGAUAAACUUAUCUCCGAAUUGACUUUUACGAAGGAAGCAGAAAUUCGAAACUUGACCAUUCAAAUUCACGAAAAGGACCUACGUAUUGAGGAACUCAUUGAUUUAUAUAAAAAGGAUCAAAAAGAAUUGGCCGAGUUAAGACAGUAUGUAGAAGAAAAGGAAAUUGAGAUUAGAGAAUUGACCGAUCGAUUGGAAAGUAAAGUUAAAGAAUAUGAAAUGAUCCAACGUGCUUUGAAAAAAGAUUUUCCUAUUGCUGAAGCAAUGAACAUUCAGGAAGGUCAAGAAAUAGAAAGGACGACCUUAAAUACCUCCGAUAUUCUUGAAGGAAGCGAAGAUUCGAAAUAUUCGAACGAACUCGACCUCGCUCUUUACAUGCUCCACCAACGAGAUGUCAGAUGCGAAGAAUUAACCCAUGAAUUGAUGCAAUUGCUCGAGGAACGUGACACCUUGCAAUUGCGAUUAUCAAAUGCUAUUCGAAUAAACGAAGAAUUACGAAAAAUAUCAUCGUCCGAUUCGAGCCCGAGAAAGGAUGUUCCAGCUUCCUCAGAAACGACUGAUGAACCCCUAAUCGAGCAUCCUUCCCCAUCGAAAUCGGAUGGACCCGUUGAGAUAGCCAAAGAAGCCAUAGACGCACCGAUAGAAGAAGAUAAAGCAGCUCUCUCUCUGAAGCUGUCGCAGUUACAUACGGUUGGCCAUACAAAGGACGUACGGUUAAGGGAUGAACGAGAGUUGAGGCAUACGCAACAAAUGUCUUUAUUAGCACAUAAAGAUGUCCUAAGUACACUACCUCCAGAAGCUGCUGCAAAACUUGUUAAUGCGAACUAUACGCUCUCAAGGGACGUUCAAAGUCAGUCGAGCGUUCUCCUAAAUUGGCUAUGGGGAAAAAGCACACCGAAGGUGAUGCACAUGUGAUGAAUGAGCAACGGGAGUGAAAUGGACUACAUCCUUAUCUUUUGGUUACAUUCCUGCCAAGUGCCAACUGCCAAGAUUUUUUCUGCAGUUAAAGGUCUUUUGUAGUUAAAAUCGAGAUAAAAAAAAAAAGGGCGCUUCAUUUCUGA